AGGGCUUAUCCACAAGAAGCCCUAGCCACAGAAUAUGUUCGUCAGCAUACGUCGAUCCCUGUCCCUAGAGUCCUUGACGUCGUUCCUUUCUGGUGCGAUGAGGUCUACAUACUGAUGACAAAAUUACCUGGCGAGCAACUGGGACUGCGCGCGGGUGACAUCAAGGACCUCUCGCCUCGUCGUCUUCAGAUUCUUGAAGAUGCACUUCGCGGAUGGUUCGAGCAGCUCAGAGCUCUGGAACCUCCGGAUCCGGACGCGGUCUGUGGCUUUGGCGGCAGUGGCAUCAAAUGCUACCGCAUCAGUCAUGAUAACUACGUUGGACCUUUCGCCUCGCAGAAUGAUUUCCACCAGUUGUUGUUGGGGGCCUGCGCGGCAACGUAUGGCCCCAUGACCGCCGCAAGCCACUCGAAAACUCACAGGAUCUGGUUCACGCACGGCGACAUUACCCCACAUAACAUUCUCCUUGACGAAGACAUGAAACCUGUCGGACUCGUUGACUGGGAAUGUGCGGGCUGGAUGCCAGAAUAUUGGGACUAUACAUAUGCCCUCUAUAUCAGAUAUCCACGCUACAUGGCAUGGUGCGAUUUGUUCACUCGCAUCUUCCCGCAAUAUGGCGUCGAACUCGAGGCUGAGUACAAAUUAUGGGAGAUCGCGAACCCAUGGUGA